UAUAAUGUUUACAUCGUAUCUAACCAUUCUUUGUCUUAAACUGAGUUUGAAAAUAAUCCGUGGACAGUGAUGAUUAAAUUUGUUUGUUUUUACCUUUGUGUAUUCACCGUUUCCGGGUUUUUGUACGAUAAUCCGUGCGACGUAUUUCCAAAGUAUUCUGGCGGCAUUCCCAGCUACAACAAUUUCACAACAACUGUAAACGUUCCAGCUAAAUGCAAGAAUGGGACAUUCCGCUGGGACUAUCCUAAAGGUCACGCCAUGCUGCAUUUCCAAAAUAUGCACGGGAUGGAAAUGAAAAUAUGCAUAAAGGACAGCUUAGGUGGAACAUUCUUCAAUGUUACAGAUAAAGCUACUAACGAACGUCUAGGACCUUUUGAUUACGAAACCUAUGCGUGUCUGCAACCAACAUCUGAACGAGAAGUUGUUCUCCAAGUGGAUGCUCCGCUGGACCUUCGUUACAUGGGAGAGUUUGAAUACAGAAUUUAUAAAUGAUUUUAUUUCUAGGAAUAAAUUUUUAAUAUGAACAUGGACUUUUUCUUGAUUAAACAUGAAACAUCAAACGUCCGUUUCUUGGCUUUUGCAUUAUCUGAAUAGUGUUCAAUCAACAGAAGGGGUUUUUAGUCAGGGAAUCGUAGUUUCUGUUUUGUGUUUCAGAAAUAUGAACUAGUUCAUACUAUUUAACUGUUACCGACGGUUUUGUUAAUCAUAUUUUUGGUGCGUUAUUGCUCUCAAUAAAGUCAUCACAAUAAUGCCAUAAUGAGUUAACACCUAUAAAAUUAUAUAAAGGGUUAACCCGUUUCUGCACUAAGGUAACGAAAUGUGCUUGACAUAUUUUUCUUCCAUUUUUGCUUCUACUUUUUACAAACAGCAGGAUUAUGUUCCCAAUUUUCUUUAUUUCACUUUUUAAAGAGCGUCGGUAUUGGCAGAUUAUUUUUCAAACAUGAAAAACGUGAUUUGUUUUAAUCUUUUAUAGAAUAUUGGUCAUGCACGGAACAGUCUUCUGCAGAGGACAUAUUGAUACAGAUGGACGCACCAAUAAUGCACAAUCUAUGUUGCUGCUAUUGAAUACAAAGUUCUUUCUUGAUAUAUUUGCGAUGUUUGAUUUGAAUUGUUCCAACAUUAAAAUGCAAUUUUCAAAUUAACAGUUUAACCAUUAUUUCAAAUCUCCGAUCUAGCUUUCUGUUCCAGCAAAAAUUCACAAAUUUAAAAGGACACACAAUUUAUAUUGUUUUCUAUGACGACAAACCUGUUGUCUUGUUAUUGUCUACACUGUUUGUUAUUUAGUCAAUACGUAUUUGGAAAAUUGUCCAAUAGUUGAUGAAUGGUAUUGUCCAAAUAAAAAGAAGGAUAAAAUAGAGUAAAAUAAAAUCCAAGGACUUCCAAAAACUGUAAAGUUGAAAAUGUUGCAGGCUCGAUUUGACUGAGCCAGUUAAGUGUAAACAACCAUCACCUCCACCCCCGACUUUAAGCAGAAUUUAACAAUUAACAUUUUUUUCAAGAUUUCGAAAUAAAUUUCACGUCAACUUUCUGUCAUUUCUGAAAUGUUAUUUAAUUUCAAUAAAACUUAUUACUGUU